GACUCUGAGUCGCUCCCAUCAUUAUCACUGUUCAUACCAUCUAUCCCCGUCCAGACAUCAUCGGCAUGUCCUCCACACUCCUUUUACCAGCAAGCGUCGUUCUGCUCUAUGCACUGACUCGAUACAUCCAACGAGUCAAACAGGACGUCUAUGUCCUUCCCUGCCCACCCACAGGGGAAGCAACGUGGUUAUGGGGCCACGAAAAGCGCGUCUUUGACUACGAGUCGAACGAGAUGUACUCCAAGUGGAUGGUCGUGCUCGGUCCGCUCUACAAGAUCAAGGCUGCUCUGUUCCACGACGACGUGAUCGUCGCCGCAGACCAUGCUGCAGUCCAGCAUAUAUUCCAGUAUUCAGACAAAUAUGUGAAAUCACCGGUGUUCAGACCUCCGGUUGCCAACCUUCUAGGCAAGGGUCUUGUCUGGGCCGAGGGCGAUGAUCACAAAAAACAGCGCCGUAUAAUUGCUCCCGCGUUUUCGCAGGAGAACAUCAAGGGCAUGGCAGAUGAUGUCUGGGAGUGUGCGGAAAAGAUGGAAAACACGCUCACCAACCAGCUUCUUUCGAACAAUGGCAAUAUGACGGUCAACAUGGUUGAAAAGACCUCGGCAUGCACACUGGAUAUCAUCGGCCGCGUCGCUUUUGGUCACGAUUUCAACGCAGGACACAGCGCCGAGUCGCUCGAGAUCGCCGCGUCCUGGCACCACCACGUCAACAUGGGCCUCACAUUCGGCGGCUUCGUCGCACCCCUCCUCGUCCGCACCUUCCCGUGGAUCGUCAAGCUGCCGAUCUCGACACUGCAGGCCCAGGGAACGACCAAGAUGAUUGUGACCAAGCUCGCGAACCGUAUUUUGGGCCGCGCCACUCGGGAUGGAACAUACGGGAGGGACAUCCUCAGCCUGUUGCUCAAUGCCCAGAAGCAGGAGAAGAAAGUCGAGGAUGGCUUGACCCCGGGUCAGAUUGUGGACAAUGUUAACACUUUCAUUAUGGUCGGUCACGAGACAACCGCCGGCACGACCAACUUCACCUUGCUCCAGCUCGCACGGAACUCUGAAAUGCAGAAUAGACUCCGUGAGGAAGUCCAAGCUCUGCAAUACGACCUCAACUACGACAACAUCCAGAAAUUGGAAUAUCUGGACGCCGUAGUAAAGGAAGGACUCCGUCUGCAUCCCGCUUCCCCACACACCGAACGCGUCGUACUAGAAGACGACGUCAUUCCCCUAAGCACUCCGAUCCGCACUGCGGACGGCCGGACGCUCACCUCUCUGCGAGUCAAGGCCGGGCAGAUCUUCCACAUCCCAUUCACGGCCAUGCAGACGAACCCGGCUGUCUGGGGCGCGGAUGCGCAUGAGUUCCGUCCGGAGAGAUGGAUCACGCCCGGCGGUGUGCCCGCGCCCAAGGACCUCCCCCACGGCUGGAGCGGACUCGUCGCAUUCUGCGAUGGCCCGCGGAUGUGCAUCGGCUACAGACUCGCGGUCCUCGAGCUCAAAGUGAUGCUCGCGACCCUUGUCCGCUCGAUAGAAUUCAGAGAGACGGGCGCGCGGAUCGAGCAGAGGAUUUCGCCGACCCUGCAGCCUGUCGUGGAUGGCCAGGGUGGCGUCCUUCCCCUCAAGCUGUCGCUGGCGCCUCACCACUGAGAAUCCUCCUCUUCUCCGAACCAAGGUCGUCGUUAGUGCUACAUGUGUCCUGCGAGGCUUUGACGGCGGCAAAGCGAGGCCUGCUGCUGUUGCUCCCUUACCGUCGCUGUGCGGCUGUGUAAAUUGUAUAUCGUAGAUUUUAUUGUAAUAUGGUAUUCGUCGCGUCAUAAAGAAUAAGCCUUUG